AUGGGUGUGGACAACGAAAGCUUUGAUGGUGAUGCCGACAUGCAAGGCGGCGUUGUGCAUGGCGAUGUGACCGCCGAAGACCCAGCCGGCGGCCCAGAGACCAAGAGCCGGCGUGCGCCACACACCGACACCACCGAUCCUGCUUUUGUUGGAGAGUCGUCCAUGGCUGCGCAGUAUGACUUUGCCAAUAAUUUCUUGGAACAGGCCUUCCGUGCUGGGCCACUACAGGACUUCCGGCUCGAGAUGGAUGAGACCCUAGGUGCACUUCGUUCCCUUGUCCACGCCCGGAAAACACACAAUGACGUCCGCGAGGCCGUCUUCCCCCACGCCAAAGCUCCCUUGCCCGCCCAGCCCUACGAGCGCAUGUUACCCAAUUCUAAUCUAGCGAUGGCUAGCCUGAGGAUUGCAAAAGACAAUCCUCGCGUGGGCUACCUAUGGCUAUGCAGCAUCAUGUCUAUUGAGAGCUUCACGGAUCGUGCCCUUAGGGUCCUGUUUUCAUCUGAGUCCUCGGAAGCAGACUACAUCAUUGUCAGCAUCGGCUUGUACUGGCUUUUCUUCAUCCUCAGCAUCGCGAGCCCCGACCAAGACCUUGGCACUCAUGUCCGCCGUGAAGACCUGAUCAAAGAAGCCAUCCUUGGCCUGGUCAUUUUGCUCAGCCUCAGCCCAGAGAUGUCUGAGCCUGGGUCUUCACCGAGACAAUGGCUCGAACGAAAGGAAUACCUUUCGGAACCGAAGAAAGAUAUAACUGUGUUGCCUCCGGAUCCUGGUUUGGGCCCCGAGCCCUACUCAUUCGCAGACCUAAGCUUCGUCUCAUGGAUUCAUGUCGCACGGAUUCAAGGGCGCGCUUACGAGGAGUUGUAUAGCCCCGCGGCUUUAGGACAGUCGGACGAGGUUCGACGCUCGCGGGUCAAGGCCAUGGCAGACGAGGUCAUGGCAGUAAUGCAGCGCAGCGAAGAUAUGAAUGCUGCCAGCCAUCCAGAAUGGGCCACUGCCCUCGAUAUCGACACAUACCAACUCAUGCACAUGAUGGACAAAGUAUUAAAUCGGUCGGUGUUGACACUGCUCUAUCGCGCGAUCCCCUCUCCGCCCGGCUCCCCCUCGACUUUCACACCAGAAUGCGUCGACGCGGCACGCUCGGCUCUCGAGGAGCAGGAAGAGUGUAUGGAACGUCUGAGGCCCUACGACGCCCAGUUCAGGACACUCUAUUUGCAUUGGACGAUUCAUUACAAUCCUUUCAAUCCAUUCAUUGUCAUUUUCUGCCACGUCAUUGAGACCAGUAACAUGAGCGACUUGGACAGACUUCACGAUUGCGUCGCCUCUCUCGAGCCAGCGUCAAGAGAUUCCGAGUCGACAGCACGGCUUCACCGGCUGUUCCAUGUCCUGUACAACGUGGCUCUGAAGUAUGUCGAGGUCAAGCAAAACCAGGAGCAAGCAUCCGUAGGUCGCGAAUUCGACGCGUAUCUUAAUGCACUGGGGUUCAACCCUGGGGGAGCAAUGGACAUGAGGCAGGGCGGGGAUGGCCCCGAGGGGGCUGGUAUACCAGCGCCUAGUCUUGGUCUCACCAUGCAAGACUAUUCAGGCCUCGAGGGCGUACCGAUGUCCAAUCAAGACGUGCCUGCUCCAGGCCGAGACGCGACAGACGCGACACCGCACACCAAGCUGCAAGUCAACUACCUAGGUACAUUCAAGGUGCCUUAUGCAGCGUCCAUGCCGUUUCACUCAGGUGGCACUAUGGCCAAGCGCUCGCGUGGUCAAAAUACUAAGUGCCAGUCGCAGCAUUUCGUGUGCGCCGCUGCGACCAUCUCGGUAAACCGUAUCGGAACUCGGAACGAGGCUGCACCAGAACAGAAGAACGGGGUCAGCCUCAAGUCCAAAUGGCCCAAUUCCGAGGACCUCUACGGGUCCAACCUGCCGUGUCGCGUUCAAGGCGAGGUGGCAGACCUUGUUGUCCUGGGCGAUAUUCCUCCAGAGAUCGAUGGCACCUUCUAUCGGGUAACCGUCGAUCCAUUCGUGCCUCCUCAUCCCGGCAACGUACCACUUGACGGCGAUGGAAAUAUUACCGCGCUGCGCUUCGAAAACGGGAAGGUUGAUUUGAAAGUGCGCUACGUCGAGACUGAGCGUUUUCAAAUCGAACGCAAAGCUGGCAAAGCCAUGUUCGGACUAUACCGCAAUCCCUUCUCUCACCACCCAUGCGUGCGGGCGGCAGUGGACUCGACAGCCAACACCAACCUGGUGCUGUGGGCGGACAAAUUCCUGGCCUUGAAGGAGGGAGGGCUUCCAUAUCAAGUCGACCCGCACACCCUCGAUACCAUCACAUAUGAUCCUUUCGGGGACCAAGGAAUCAAGUCAAAGACUUUCACUGCCCACCCGAAAAUCGAUCCAUUCAGCGACGAGCUCGUGGUCCAUGGAUACGAGGCCAAAGGACUCGCAAGCACUGACAUUGUCGUCUACGCUCUGGACAAAGACGGAAAGAAGAAGGACGAACAGUGGGUCAAGAGCCCUUGGUGUGGCCCAGUCCACGACUGCGCCAUAACCCCGAACUGGCUGAUCCUCGUCCAGUGGCCGUUCGAGGCCAACGUGGAGAGGAUGAAGAAAGGGGUGGAGGGCGAGUACAGGGUCUACCACGACCGGAACGUCAUGCUCAUCCACACCGCCGGCGCCUGGGAGGAAGAUGACGGGAACACGCUCUUCGUGGAGACAACGAGAGUCCACGACAACGGGUUCCCAUUCUUCCCGCCCGACGACGGGAGGACGCCAGCACCCGAUGCGAAGGCAGACUUUGUGCGCUUUAAGCUGGACCUGACCCAGCCCACCGGGAGCAAGCUGGCAAGCGAGCCCGAGGUCGUACUGGACAUCCCGGCUGAGUUCCCACGCGUCGAUGAGCGUUUCCUGUCCAAGCCAUACGAUGUUUCCUGGAUCAACGUCAUGACCCCAGCUGACCAGCGAGACCCAAUCCCACCAGGGGAGGAGCAUCUCGUCUGGGGCGGGCUGGACGGUGUGGCUAUGCACCGCUACUCCACCGGCGAGACCAAGAUCUACUGGACAGGGUUCGAUGGAAUAUGCCAGGAGCCGAUCUUCAUCCCUCGUUCAGAAGACGCUGAGGAAGGUGAUGGGUGGGUCAUGUGUAUGGUGGAGAGGAGGACCGCAAAUCUCUGCGAGGUCAUUCUUUUGGACACAAAGGAUUUUAAGAAGCCCAAGGCCAUUAUCAAAUUGCCAUUCCACGUUAAGAGUCAGGUGCACGGUAAUUGGAUUGACCAGAGGAGACUAAAAGAGAGACGGAGCCUAGUGAAGGAGGGAGUGGAUGUUAAGAUCAGCAAGAGGGGUGCGUUAGAGUCGUGGGACAUCGAGUAG